UAGGUUAAAGGGAAAGGCUGAGCCCUGCAGAUUUUAUCUUGAAUUGUAUUUUCAUGUUCUUUGCCUUUACCAGAAUCCAUAAGUUGCUUUAAUAAUCUCUUGAUACUUUAUUCCUGGUUGAGGCAGAAUAGUUUGGUUCUUAUCUCCAGUGGGUGAAGCAGAAUGAUCAUGGAAAUGUGUUCAAAUUAUGAUGAAAAAGUAAUUGAUUACUUUUAAGCCAAAUGAGCCUUUUGGUUAAGUAAAUGAUCUUCCUGGACUGUAGUGAAGAUUUAUUUCUUUGAUUCUGUUUGGUACUGGAGAAAACGAUUUCUGUGUUGCUUCAUUGAUAGUUUUGUAAUGUAUUUAGAGUAUUUGCUCUUGGGCAGAUUUUAGGUUUAAAUUAAAUGCAUUCUUUUUUCUUGUAUAUUUUAUCAUUUUGUCCCUAUUGUAUAGUUUUUUUUCCCUGCUUUUAUCUCUGCUCCUUUAUUCAUACUUGUUUGGUUGAAUUUGGUGAAGAGUCAGACAAGUAUCCACAAUUCCUGUAAAAGAGCACAGGCUAUCUGUGUUCACCUGGGUCUCUAAAUAGUCUGUGGCCAGCUAAUCAGAUCAGAGUAGCUGAAAAAGGGGGUGUGAAAGGAAAAUCCGAGUUUUCGUCAGUCAGAUUAUGAGGAGAUUUGCAAAACCACGAAACUCAGUCUUUUCACUUUUAUUUUUGAAACUGGUUAUUUUUCAUUCAGAAGUUAUAUAUAUUUCAUGUGUUGUUUUGUUUUUCUAAUGAUCCUUAAAGUUUUCUUAGUUUUAAUUCCGAUGUGGUAAAUGUAGACAUAUAUAGGUUUCACACACAAGAACCUGCCAAGCCCAGAAGUUAAAAGAGGUGACUUUUGUUUCCUUUUUCCAUUGUAACUGUUAUCUGUAUAAAUACUGUGGUUAAAAUGAUAAUUAUUAAUCCUAGUAAUGUAGUUCCAGGUUGGUUUGCAUAAAUUUAGGAAUACUAAAAAAAGUCAAAGCUGUCUUGAGAUGAAAUCGUUUUGGGGUCUUUCAUGAAUUAAAUGAAAGGGCUAGAAUUAAGUCAGUUUGUUGAAAGUUACUGCACACACAUGUAAAUACACUCAUCUAUAUAUAUAUCUGCCUUUAUGUUUGUAUUCUGAGUGUGUUCUCUUUUGUACUGACACUCUAAAGAUUUCCCUGGGAACCUGGUUCCUGCAUUCUUCGUUUAGUAUUUCUAAACGUGUGUAUUGUAUUACUUUCCAGAUCUGUAAGUGGUGUGACCCUGUGCAAUUUGUAGCUAUUAGCUUGGCGGAUUAGGUAACUUAGAAGACAGUGAUUGGCUGUACCAUAAAAGUAACUUAGAAGAAUUCAUCUCUGCAAAGCACAGUGACCUAAAUCAGAUAUGCACUCACUGUCCCUGGGAUCUUCAAGGGACUUACUGCAUUACGUUAUCAAAAGCAAGAACUAUUAUGGAAAGAUUUCGUCUGGAAAAGAAGUUGCCUGGUCCUGAUGAAGAAGCUGUUGUGGAUCUUGGUAAAACCAGCUCAACAGUGAACACCAAGUUUGAAAAAGAAGAACUAGAAAGUCACCGAGCAGUAUAUAUUGGUGUUCAUGUGCCAUUUGGUAGGGAGAGUCGUCGACGUCAUCGGCAUCGUGGACACAAACAUCACCACCGGAGAAGAAAAGAUAAAGAAUCGGAUAAAGAGGAUGGACGAGAAUCUCCUUCUUACGACACACCAUCACAGAGAGUUCAGUUUAUCCUCGGUACUGAAGAUGACGACGAAGAACAUAUUCCUCACGACCUCUUCACAGAGAUGGAUGAGCUGUGCUACAGAGAUGGAGAAGAGUACGAAUGGAAAGAAACUGCUAGGUGGCUGAAAUUUGAGGAGGACGUUGAAGAUGGUGGUGACCGAUGGAGUAAACCCUAUGUGGCCACUUUGUCUUUGCACAGUCUUUUUGAGCUAAGAAGCUGCAUUCUGAAUGGAACGGUCAUGCUGGAUAUGAGAGCAAGCACUCUAGAUGAAAUUGCUGAUAUGGUGUUAGACAACAUGAUAGCCUCUGGUCAAUUAGAUGAGUCCAUAAGAGAGAAUGUCAGAGAAGCUCUCCUGAAGAGACAUCAUCAUCAGAAUGAGAAAAGAUUUACUAGUCGGAUUCCGCUUGUUCGAUCUUUUGCAGACAUAGGCAAGAAACAUUCUGACCCUCACUUGCUUGAAAGGAAUGGGGAAGGCCUUUCAGCCUCCCACCACUCUUUGCGAACAGGUCUCUCUGCCUCAAACCUUUCAUUGAGAGGAGAGUCGCCUUUAUCUCUUCUUCUCAGCCACCUUCUUCCUGCUUCAAGAGCUGGAACCCCUGCAGGCUCGAGGUGCACGACCCCGGUGCCCACCCCUCAGAACAGCCCUCCUUCCAGCCCUAACCUCAGUCGCCUGACCUCCAGAAGUGUCCAGCAAAGGCAGCCUCAGGCCCCAGAGCUACUGGUCUCACCUGCCAGUGACGAUAUCCCCACUGUAGUAAUCCAUCCGCCCGAGGAAGACUUAGCAGCUCUGGAAGGCCAGGAGGAGAAGAAUGAGGAGAAUGUUGACUUAACUCCAGGUAUUUUAGCAUCUCCACAGUCUGCUCCUGGAAACUUGGACAAUAGUAAAAGUGGAGAAAUUAAAGGUAAUGGAAGUGGAGGAAGCAGAGAAAAUAGUACCGUUGAUUUCAGCAAGGUUGACAUGAAUUUCAUGAGGAAGAUUCCUACGGGAGCCGAGGCAUCCAAUGUUCUGGUGGGAGAAGUGGACUUUCUGGAAAGACCUAUAAUUGCGUUCGUCAGACUGGCACCUGCUGUCCUCCUCUCAGGGCUGACCGAGGUCCCUGUUCCUACCAGGUUUUUGUUUCUGCUGCUGGGCCCAGCAGGCAAGGCACCACAGUAUCAUGAAAUUGGCAGAUCUAUAGCCACCCUCAUGACAGAUGAGAUUUUUCAUGAUGUAGCUUAUAAAGCAAAAGACAGAAAUGACCUUUUAUCUGGAAUUGAUGAAUUUUUAGAUCAAGUAACUGUCCUGCCUCCGGGCGAGUGGGACCCUUCCAUCCGCAUAGAGCCACCAAAAAGUGUCCCUUCUCAGGAAAAGAGAAAGAUUCCAGUAUUUCCCAAUGGGUCUGCCCCUUUGCCUGGUGAGGUUCCUAAGGAGGCCGCUCAUCAUGCUGGGCCUGAGCUGCAGAGGACUGGACGGCUUUUUGGUGGUUUGAUACUUGACAUCAAAAGGAAAGCACCUUUUUUCUUGAGUGACUUCAAGGAUGCAUUAAGCCUGCAGUGCCUGGCCUCGAUUCUUUUCCUAUACUGUGCCUGUAUGUCUCCUGUAAUCACUUUUGGAGGGCUGCUUGGAGAAGCUACAGAAGGCAGAAUAAGUGCAAUAGAGUCUCUCUUUGGAGCAUCGUUAACUGGGAUUGCCUAUUCAUUGUUUGCUGGGCAACCUCUAACAAUACUGGGGAGCACAGGUCCAGUUUUAGUGUUUGAAAAAAUUUUAUUUAAAUUCUGCAGAGAUUAUGACCUUUCCUAUCUGUCUUUAAGAACCAGUAUUGGUCUGUGGACUUCUUUUUUGUGCAUUGUUUUGGUUGCAACAGAUGCAAGCAGCCUUGUGUGUUACAUUACUCGAUUUACAGAAGAGGCUUUUGCAGCUCUCAUUUGCAUCAUUUUCAUCUACGAAGCUUUGGAGAAGCUCUUUCAUUUAGGAGAAGUGUAUGCAUUUAAUAUGCACAAUAAUUUAGAUAAACUGACCAGCUACUCAUGUGUAUGUAUUGCACCUCCUGAUCCUAGCAAUGAAACCCUAGCACUGUGGAAGAACAAGAAUUUAACUGCUCAUGAUAUUUCUUGGAGAAAUCUCACUGUUUCUGAAUGUAAAACCUUUCAUGGGGUAUUUGUAGGAUCCGCUUGUGGUCACCAUGGACCUUAUAUUCCAGAUGUGCUCUUCUGGUGUGUCAUCUUAUUUUUUACAACCUUUUUUAUGUGUUCAUUCCUCAAGCAGUUCAAGACCAAGCGUUAUUUUCCUACCAAGGUGCGAGCGACAAUCAGUGAUUUUGCUGUAUUUCUUACAAUAGUAAUAAUGGUUGCAGUUGACUACUUUGUAGGAGUUCCAUCUCCUAAACUUCAUGUUCCUGAAAAAUUUGAGCCCACUGAUCCAAAUAGGGGCUGGAUCAUAAGCCCAUUGGGAGAUAAUCCUUGGUGGACCUUAUUGAUAGCUGCUAUUCCAGCUCUGCUUUGUACUAUUCUCAUCUUCAUGGAUCAGCAGAUUACGGCUGUAAUCAUAAACAGAAAGGAACACAAAUUGAAGAAAGGGGCUGGCUAUCACCUUGACUUGCUGAUGGUGGGUGUCAUGUUGGGCGUCUGCUCUGUCAUGGGACUUCCAUGGUUUGUGGCUGCAACGGUGCUGUCCAUAAGUCACGUCAACAGCUUAAAGGUUGAAUCGGAGUGUUCUGCUCCAGGGGAACAACCCAAGUUUCUGGGAAUUCGUGAGCAGCGCGUUACAGGACUAAUGAUUUUUAUUCUAAUGGGCCUCUCUGUGUUCAUGACUUCAGUACUGAAGUUUAUUCCGAUGCCUGUUCUGUAUGGUGUUUUCCUUUAUAUGGGAGUUUCCUCAUUAAAAGGAAUCCAGUUUUUUGAUCGUAUAAAAUUAUUUGGAAUGCCUGCAAAGCACCAGCCUGAUCUUAUCUACCUCCGCUAUGUGCCUCUCUGGAAGGUCCACAUUUUCACAGUCAUUCAGCUCACUUGUCUGGUUCUGUUGUGGGUGAUAAAAGCUUCGGCUGCUGCAGUAGUUUUUCCCAUGAUGGUUCUUGCAUUGGUUUUUGUUCGCAAGCUUAUGGACCUGUGUUUCACAAAGAGAGAACUCAGUUGGCUUGAUGAUCUCAUGCCAGAAAGUAAGAAAAAGAAAGAAGAUGAUAAAAAGAAAAAAGAGAAAGAGGAAGCUGAACGAAUGCUUCAAGAGGAUGAUGAUACUGUGCACCUUCCAUUUGAAGGGGGGAGUCUCUUGCAGAUUCCAGUUAAGGCCCUCAAAUAUAGCCCCGAAAAACCUGUCAGUGUGACAGUAAAUUUUGAAGAUGAACCAUCGAAGAAAUACAUGGAUGCGGAAACUUCAUUAUAGAAUUGAACCAACCGGAAUUAUAUAUAGAUACAGAUGUAUAUCAAUAAUGUGUGUGUGUCAUAUCACUAUACCAAUAUUGUAUGUCAUGCUGUAUAUGUAUGACUACUGCGUUUUUUAAAAUAAUACCUGAAGUUUGUUAAAAGCACCAUGGAGACUGUGUAUAUUAAUGAAAUAGUCUCUUAGAAAUGAGGUACAUGGUUGUUAUUAUUAAAAUAUUUAUUCUGUUGGAAAAAAGCUUUUCUAUUCUGAAGUAGAAGAAAGAUGUGGAGAAAUGCACAGUAGACAUUUCUUGGGGAUCUGUGUUCAUCAGUGUCAGUUUAUACCAGCCUUAAGUGGUACAUAGUUAGGUUAUAUAAUUAUCAUUUUUACUUGAGUGUCUAAACAUGUUCACAUUAUUUCACCUUUGUUAACCUAGUACUUUAGAGGAAGAACAGAGUCUUCGUAUCAGUGCUGUGAUAUAAGUACCGCGCUCUGGCUUCUCUGUGUGUGUGCUCUCUUGUGGCUGUCCUCCGCGUCGCACUGUGAUGGCAUUUUUUUGCCCGUAGAGGUGAUUGGACAACAGUGGAAACUUUUAAUUUAGUAACUGUGGUUUUUAAGUUUUAGUUUUAGGAAUUUUUGUUUUUAAUCUUGAAGCUUCCAUAUCUAGAUUUCUAUUCUAAAAGCCGAGUAAAUUCCAGGUAUUUAUAACUUAGCACCCACACCAGUUAUGACUUUUAGGAAUUUAGAAGCUAUAAAAUGCCAGUUUGCAAUAAAUUUUGUUACCUUUGUAGAAAUUAUUUUCUCAAUUUAUACUCUUAACAAUUCAUAAAUCCUCCUCUAUUUUUUGCUGUUGCUCUCUGAAAGUUAAGUAGUUUGUAUCAGGGUCAAGUUAUUGAGUAGAUUACCAUAAAUAGUACGAUCAAGUAAUCAGGAGUCAGAAUUCUCUCAUGGGUUUAUGAUCAGUGUUACUUUAUUAAGAAUUAUCUUUCAUUUUCUUACUGUUAUUAUUAUUGUAUAGAUAAUAUUUGAUAGGCUGUGCCCCACAAUUUCAUUUUAAAAUAUUUUACUUAUUUUAAUUGUUAUACUGAAUUAUUAUAUAUAUUUGAAAAAUAGGUUGUAUAAACUGUUAAUGUAAAUAAUUGGUGCUCACUUGCGUUUAUGUUUAUCUGAAAAAAAUUGACAGAUUUUUCAUCUUUGAUAUAAAGCACUGCCAUUGUUUGUCUUUUAAAGAAAAUUAGACUUUUGUAUGGCUCAGAUUGAUGAUAUUUUUCCUAUUUUGUGUUAGUAUUUUUAAUUUAGUUUUUCUGAGCUGCUCUUUUAACUUCUAGCAAGUCAUUUUAGUCAUCUUUUAUAUACUCAUAACUUCAUACAGAAUAAAUAAAUGUUAUUGUUAAGUUUGUAGGAUUGGAUGAAUGGGGUUGAGAAACUAAUUUGGCAAGAGACUAAUUUACAAAAUUCAAGUGAAUAUUGAGAAGCUACAGAAAUAGUGGAGAUGGUAACAUGAAUAUUAGGGGAAAAAUUUAUUGAAAUUUCAGGGUUCCCUUUCGUCAUUUAUAAUUAAAGUACAGAAAUACAAAGAACUGAUCUUGAGAUCAUAAGAAAUGCCAAAAGCAGAUAUUUUAGCAAUUCUAGAGUAUUUUCAAUCCAUUCUAAACUAUGUAAUAGUUAAUACAAUUUCCUUUUCUGUAGAUUCUAAUACAAUAAUGAAUUCAACUUCUGCCUCAGCAGAGAUGUUGGAGAUAGCUACUUUUCUUUAGAACAUAUAGUUGGCAUUAUUUGGUACUGCCUGAAAAAGAGUUUUAGACUCUUGGCAAUGGAUGGAGAGUAUUACCCAUGGUGCUUACUAUCAUUUAUGUGCUUCCAUUUAAGUGAUUAAUUUUUAUUCAGAGCAGCACAGUCAGUUCCAAAGUCCCCAGUAUCUGCUGCUAUUUUUUAAAAUUCCCCUGAUGUACCUGAACAAGAAAAUUUCCUCCUCAUUUCCUUGUGUUUGGACAUCAAAGGGUUAACAAAUGCACUUAUUUUACAGGAAGUGAUUUUAAAAUUUAAACUGAAAACUACCUGGGAUCAUAGUGUUUCUCUGAUAUUAUAUAAUUAUGUAUAGUGAUUAUCCAAUGCUAGAAAAAAUAUAACUUGCAAGAUACUUAGCAUUCAAAAUGUUCUACUGUUUCCAGUUAUUAAUGACUCUUGCUUUCUUUUGACUACUUGAUUUACAAAAUGAUCUGAUAUGACUACUCCAUUGAAGAGCAAAGGUAACUCAUGUUUAAGUAAUUAACUGCUUGUGUUAAGUGAAUCAUGGAUAGCAUUCAUUGCAAGACAGUGGAAGAUACAGUUUACUGUAUAUUGAUUUUGAAGUGUUGCCUUAAAUAGGUGUAUAUGAGCAGUAGUAGUUGCUAUGUACUGAUUUACCUCAAGGUGCAAAAUAAUUAAACCUGUGCAUAUUCAUUUACAAAAUAAAUUCAGACAAACAGCCCUGCACUUUCUUAGAUGCCUUGAUUUUCAGAAUGGAGCUUAGUGCUACUGAAUACCCUGGCCACAGAGCCAUCUCAGGAUAUUCUUUUCUCACCCUAUUUUAUUUAUUUAUAGAUGCCUGUUUACAAAGACUAUCAUAAAUCUGAUGUUCACCAUCUGAAAUUUACUUUCAGUUGCUGUUUCAAUCUAAAAUAGCAGCUUUUGAUACAGUGAGCUGAGUUCCUUACAAUAAAAGGAUGACUAUAUGUUUUUAAUGUUAGAUAUGCUGAUACACACAACUUUCUAAAGCAUGUUUGAGUGUGUGUGUGUGUGUGUGUGUGUUAGCUUCCAAACUUAACAUUGUUUAAAGCUGUGGCAUACCUAUGUUCAUACUUGCCAAGUGUUUUAUAAAAUGUGUUGGAUAAAACUUUUAUGUGCUACUGCAUGUAUUUAUAAAGGUGAUUUGUUUACUCAAAAUUAAUAACUUUGGUUUUCUUCAUCCAAAACAUUUCUGUUUUCCACAAACUCAAAGUUUCUGUGUGAGUAUACUAGUUGACAUUUUCCUUUCACAAAGGUGGGUUCAAAAUUGUUUUAAAAAAAAACCAAAACCAAAAAACAAAACAAAAAAAACCUCUUCUCCGAAACUGAGUAUAAUACCAGAGCUCGCUACUUAGAGAAUUUUAUCCUGUAUAUCAGUUCUGUAAAUGUGCUUGACAGUUUUAACAAUUUAACAUGCGAAACAUCCUGUUACAAAGUGCUCAGAUUUUGAAUAUAUAAGCCAUCAAUAUAACAUUACAAUUCAAGCUGUUUAAGUAACAAUGUUUUAAAUUUAUUUAUGUAGAUUAACAUCAUUGUUCUAGUACAAAUAUGUGAAAUGUCUUUUCUCUUAUUGCAACAAUUAUUUAUUUUUAGGAAGUAAAUUUAAAGACUUAAAGACACUCAAGUUUUAAAAUAACAUUCAAAUUUCAAAAUUUGGCAGUCAUAAUGUAGUCUUUAACUUUUCAGAAAGUAAAAUAAAUGUCAGUUACAGAAAAACAGUUUAAAAAGGAAUCACCUAAAGAUUUUUUUAAAAAUUUAAUUACCAAAUACUUAGAGUAAUUGUUAAGCCCUACUUUUGUUGCUAAUCAUUUUUUUGCACAUUGAUUGGUUUUGUGCUGUGGCUUUUCUUAACGUUGCUUUAUUCAAGGUUUUUUUUUUUUUUUUGUGGGGAGGGUCUUUCAAUGUUUACUAUGUUUAAAUAAAUAACAAUUUAUUGUUCAUUCAUGUAAUAUUUGAUACCUUGGUGUAGUUUCACAGUAUAGAGUUUUUAUGACUUUUAUAAUUACAGUGAUAUUUGGUUUUGUAAUAAACUCCAAAGUAAAUUAAACAUUAAAUUGUAGAACUGAUAUUUUUCAUUUAUAUGAAGUACAAGUCACUAAGUCUAUAAUGUGAACCAUCCUGCCUUUCAUAUUUGUUUCAUAAUUGUGAGAAGAAAACUAUUUUUUGUAGAUAUUAUUGAAGUUGAAAGAGCAAUAAAAGUCUACUUAAUUAA